GAAACGAGCUAGGCUAGCGCGGGUGCGCCGCAUUUACGGGACGAAGUGGCAAGUCCCCACGUUGCCACAAACUUCUCUUAUCAUUAAUUAGUCGGUCAUAUAUAGUUCAAGUUGUUAUUCGCAUUACGCAUAUCGCGGGUGACGGUCGACGGGUCAUUUCUGUCCUGAGCUGAUGCCAUCGACUGCAUCGCAAGAAGAACAAUUAGUUAACAAGUUAGACAACCUUGUUUUGCCAUUAACCACAAGAAUGCCGAACAUCAAAGUGUUCAGCGGGAGCUCCCACCCGGAUUUGGCGCAGAAGAUCGUCGAUCGACUGGGAAUCGACCUGGGAAAGGUGGUAACCAAGAAAUUUAGCAACAUGGAAACAUGUGUGGAGAUCGGAGAGUCGGUGCGAGGCGAAGAUGUUUAUAUCGUGCAGAGCGGCAGCGGAGAGAUCAAUGACAAUCUAAUGGAACUCCUAAUUAUGAUCAAUGCGUGCAAAAUAGCCUCGGCGUCGCGCGUAACUGCCGUCAUUCCGUGCUUCCCGUACGCGCGACAGGACAAGAAAGACAAAAGCCGAGCGCCGAUCACUGCCAAGCUCGUCGCCAACAUCUUGUCCGUGUCCGGCGCCGACCACAUAAUCACCAUGGACCUUCACGCGUCUCAAAUCCAGGGAUUCUUUGACAUACCUGUAGAUAACCUCUUUGCUGAGCCCGCUGUCUUGAAGUGGAUAAAAGAAAAUAUUCCUGACUGGAAGACCAGUAUUGUGGUGUCGCCUGAUGCUGGUGGUGCUAAGAGGGUCACUUCGAUUGCUGAUCGCCUCAAUGUUGAGUUCGCUUUGAUCCACAAAGAGAGGAAGAAGGCUAAUGAAGUGGCUUCCAUGGUUCUUGUUGGUGACGUUAAGGACCGCACAGCCAUCCUGGUUGAUGACAUGGCUGAUACUUGUGGAACUGUCUGCCAUGCUGCUGAGAAGCUGAUAGAAGCGGGUGCAAUCAAAGUUUAUGCCAUACUUACACAUGGUAUCUUCUCAGGCCCCGCUAUUUCGAGGAUCAACAAUGCCUGUUUAGAAGCCGUGGUUGUCACAAACACCAUCCCUCAGGACCGGCAUAUGCAGGACUGUCCCAAGAUCCAGUGCAUCGAUGUGUCUAUGAUGCUCGCAGAGGCGGUCCGGCGUACUCACAACGGGGAAUCAGUGUCGUACCUAUUCUCAAAUGUUCCAUAUUAGAUUAAUUUGCUUGUUUUAGUUUUAAGGACCUCAUACAUGAUUUGAAAUAUUAUAUGUAAUGCUU